UAGAAGCGUUGGGAAGCAUGGCUGGGAAAGUGGACCCGGAGUUGGAGCAGUUUUUGCAGAAAGUGGAUGAAAUCACGGAUCUAGUUGAAGGAAUUAGGUCUGAUGAUCCUGCAAUAAGAGACGAGGCUUUUCAGAAAGCAGACGAGAAGUUGAUGAAACAGUCUGAAGAAUCUGAGAUCAUGGAUGGGUGCAGAGUAACGACUAACCGGACACUGAUUAACAAAAAUCCUUCCUCCAGUGCACCACCCAGAUAUUCUAAUCUGCCAGGAAAAUAUGGAGUGCAAGGGAAUGCAAGAAUGAGCCAAGAGAAUUUCUUAUCAGUUCUUGAGAGGGACGCAGAGGAGAGAGCAAAAAGAAGAAAGGAAAGUCAAAUGCUAGCCAAUGCAUUAAAAGAGAAGGGGAAUGCAGCAUUCAAAAAUGAGGACUACGUUACUGCUGUACAAUGCUACACAGAAGGCCUGGAAAAAAUUCGAGAUUUUCAAGCCCUGUACACCAAUCGAGCACAGGCUUACAAUAAACUAGGAAAAUAUGAAGAGGCAAUCACUGAUUGUAAAUGGGCCUUAAAGUGCAAUGAAAAUUGUGUAAAAGCUUAUAUUCAUAUGGCAAAAGCCAACAUAGGUUUAAAGAAGUAUGAGGAGGCUCGACGAUGUUACCAGAAGAUAACAACGAUCGAUCCAAGCCAAGCAAAGCUGGCUAAAGAGUAUAUAAAAUUACUGGAUCUAGACCAAAAAAAGGAACAGCAAGAGAAAAGAGUCACGGAAGUACUUGAACUAGGGAGUGUGACUACAAAAGCUGUCCGUGAAGCACUAAAGAAAUUAUCCAGUCCCGAUAAGAUCCCCUUUUUCUAUCUUGGUGGUGUGAAGUUUCUGACUGAACUUAUGAACGAGUGUACUGAGCAGACAUUAUUUAGAAUAAAUGAUGGAUUCAGUGUUAUCAAUAACAAUGAGAUUAUAAGAAGGAGUCUUGUCAGUUCAGUGAAGGAACCGUGUGAGGUGGAACUUUGUGUCUCCGUCCUUGCGCUAUGGAAGGCCGCCUGCCAGGAAAAUGAGGAAAAUCAGCGAACUCUUAUCACUUCUUCUGAUACAAGUGAACUAUUACUGAAUCUGUUGUCAAGCAAGCAGAGUGAGAUCUAUAAGGGGUGUCUAGCUCUACUGUCUGUUUUCCUUUUGACUGAAUAUGGGAGUGAUCUUGUGCUACAUAAUCUCAAUUUAGCCAGAUUUGUGAAGAUUCUGAUAGGAUUCGCUAAUUACUCUGAUGAAGCCAGUGAUAGUGCCAUGAAAAUGCUCACCAACCUAAUUCCAGAGAAAAAGUUUAUUAAACAUAUUCAGAAAGAUUUUGCAACUCAUGUAAUACCGUCAUUUGAAAUUCUCCUGAAAAACUUGAAGUUGACAAAUAAGCAGAUCCUUCCACAGUGCAUUUCAAUCAUAGGAAGCAUAGCAUCUGAUAAGAUGAUAUCAGGGGGAGUAGCCGGAAGAGAAGAGUUUUGGGAGUCUUGUCUAGUUUGCAUUGAUGAGGCUAUAAUGCUAAUUACCGUGGCCGAGUACAGAGAAAUCUUAUAUACUCUUCUGGGCCUGAUGGUAAACUUAUCCAUUGAACAAUGCACCACCAUUCAGGUAAAAGCUCCAGCUAUUACAGAAAGAUGUAUCUCCCUACUUGCCAGCACGGAUGGAGGGAUUCUAACGAGAGCAUCAGGGCUUCUGAGUCAUGUGCUCCCUCAGUCUGAUGAACUCGUAGAAACAGCAGUGAAAGCAGGAGUGGUGAAGAAAAUGCUGAAAUUUAUAAAAGCAGAGGGGAAGACAACCAUACGAUAUGCCACAAAGAUCUUGGCAAUCUCCAGUACUAGAAGUGAAGAGGCUCGAGAAGAGAUUGUCAAAAAGUUAAGUGUUCUGACGAAGCUGCUAUCUUCAGAUGAUGAGCAAGUAGUGGGCAAUACUGCUCUUUGCCUUUCACACUGUUUCGAGAUCCCAGGGGCUGCUGCAUCUCUGCUCAAAACCAACAUUGUCAGAAUGUUGUUAAAAUAUGCUGGUGGUGAUGCAAAGGGAUCCACCGUCCAACGGAAUGCUGCGAUUGCCCUAGGUAAACUCUGCUUGGCAGAACCCAGGCAUAAGAUUCAGCUCCGCGAGCUACAUGGAUUGGGAAUUCUGAUGUCCUGCAUGAAGUACAUAAAAUGAGAUAAGAAGCUGUAGAAGCUGGAAUCCAGGGCAAAAAUUAACUGCUACAAGAAGUCAUUGGGUCAAACAUCUACUACGGAGGCAAAAUAAUGGUCAGCGCUUUGGGUUGAGAGCCUGCAUCAGGACAGUGGAGAGGGAAGACAGCCAGUAUAUAGAAGUGAGAGAGAGAUGAUAAAGGUUAUAUACUGGCUCUUUUCCCUCUACUCUCUUAGUUCUAAUGUAAUAUCUCAAUGUGAAACGCUGAUCAUCCCCAUGAAAUGCUACCAGCCAUGGCUUGGAGAUAAAGUAAUCAGUAGUCAUUCCUCAUGUGAAUUACCUGAAGAGACUUGUAUUUUUUUGUGUAAACGUUUUAGACAAUAUUUCAAUGCAACAAGUUCUAGGAAGAACUUUAAACCUAAUUUAUUUAUGUUAUAUUUUAUCCCAUUUAUUAUAUUCAAGCUCUAUGCUUCAUUCUCUUUCCCUACAGGUGGCUUUAAUUUGUGCUGUUCAUUUCAAUCUUUCCUGAUAAUUUAAUUCCGCAAAUCUAGUUAAAUGUUUAAUGCUAUUUUGCCACUUAAGUUAAUCCAUUUGAAAUAAGAUUUACAGUUCCAUCAGAAAGAAGGAUUAUACAUUCAGAAUCAGCAUGUUAAGAUUUGAAAUACUGUUGAAACCGAGUGCCGAAGUCCAGAUUUAUAUAGAUUAAUGGACUCCUACUGGUACUAAGUUCUCUACUCUCAGGAUUUGUUAAGGUUAUAAAGGUUGUGCAUGUGAAGUUGAAUCUUUGUAGUUCUUAGCGUUUACAUAUUGGAAGGCAGUUUGCAAGUUAUUUGUCAUUUCUUUUGGUUUUCAUCUCAAUUCAAAAGUUGACUUUUUUUCCCUCAGGGGUAAAUGUUCAGACAAAAACAAUUCUUUAUGUAACUGGUUAUUUCAAUAAAUGUUCUAAAACUAAUUUUAA